CUAUAUAAACCCCCUCCUCCCGUUGAGUAUGACCCAACACCACUCACUCUAUUGAAGUUGAAUCAUUUGGAAGUCAUCAACUUAGAGAGAGAAUACCAAAGCCAUUCAAACCAUUGAAUCCAACUACAUGGCUGAUUCUUCAUUCUUCCACAACUCUAACUCCCAGUUCUCCCCGGAGUCUUCUCUCGGUUCACCGGACUUUUUCUCUUUUCAUGACCCUCUACCCUUUGAUCAGAACGACUCCGAAGAGAUGCUGCUCUACGGGGUUCUUUCAGAGGCGGUGGCCGACGACUCCUAUAUGAAAGAAGAAGUGUGCUCUAAGGUUAAGGCCAUUGAGGAAGAGCCCAUGAAGGAGGUGUCCUAUCGAGGAGUUCGGAAGCGGCCAUGGGGGAAGUAUGCGGCGGAGAUAAGAGAUUCCACGAGGAAUGGCGUGAGGGUUUGGUUGGGAACUUUCGAUACUGCUGAGGCUGCAGCUCUGGCUUAUGACCAAGCUGCAUUUGCGAUGAGGGGUUCACUGGCUGUUCUCAAUUUUCCAGCAGAUAUGGUCUACGAGUCGCUCCGGGAGAUGAAAUAUGGGUUCCAGGAGGGGUGUUCACCAGUCCUGGCUUUAAAGAAGAGACACUCCAUCAAGAACAAGUCAAGAAAGAGGAAAGAGAAGGAGUUGAGGCUUGAAAAUGUGGUGGAGUUUGAGGACUUGGGGACAGAUUACUUGGAGGAGCUUCUGAGCAUAUCUGAGAGUACUAAUCCAUGGUGAUAAUCAUCAUGCAUGUAUCUCUCAUCACUUAAUUUUGGAUUAGACUACCUUAGCUUGUUCUUCGAAAAUUUCUUGGUUUCUGAGAGAGACUUCUGUUUUUCUUUUCUUUUUUCUUUUGUUUUCUGUGUAUAAACUUGAAGAUAAUGGAGGAUCAUAUCCUCAAUUAUUAUGUGGGUCACAUUUUAUUGACAAACAAUACAAGGGGAUAGCUUCUAUAUUAA